CGUGCGUCCCGGGUGACUACGUACAGAGUUCGGCCGAUCGUUAACGCGUAGCUCCACGGCCAUUGUGUAAAAAGAACGCUCGGGUAGUGCACGCUGAGGCCGGGUAGCCGGACGCGUAGUUUUUCGUGUGAUAUUUAGAUAGAUUGUGCCAAGAUAGAAAGGAGGAAACGAAGACACAAAAGAUGGAGGACGAUCAGCAGUUCUGCUUAAGGUGGAAUAAUCAUCAGAGUACGCUUGUCCAGAACUUCGAUACCCUCUUAGAGAGUGGCACGUUGGUUGACUGCACCUUGGCGGCGGAGGGGAAGUCUUUAAAGGCCCACAAAGUGGUCCUCUCCGCGUGCAGUCCAUUCUUUGAGGGCCUCCUCAGCGAACACUAUGACAAGCAUCCCGUGUUUAUACUCAAGGAUAUUAAGUUUAAAGAACUCAAAGCCAUGAUGGACUACAUGUAUAAGGGAGAAGUAAAUAUCUCUCAAGACCAAUUGGCAGCGCUCCUCAAGGCCGCCGAGUCCCUGCAAAUCAAGGGUCUCUCGGAAUGUAAAACGAGCGGCAAUAGUGGCGGGGGUGGUUGUGGCGGAAGGAGCGAGCCCAGACCACCGAAAGUCGUCUCACAGCCAACGGCGCCGUCGUUGGACAUUCCCCACCCGUCUUCCGGUCUCACCAUAGAAAAGAACAGCAAAGUUCCUAGGCAAAGUUUGACACAGGUCUCCGUCGGUGAUCUGCCAGAAGACUCCGCCAGUCCCCAGCUUCCCAGAGGGCUCUCCUCCAGGGAAGGCUCGCAAAGUCCGACAAAUGCGAAAAGAAAGAAAAGGUUUCGCGGUAGGAGCCUGGGCGACGACAAUUCCGUUGAAAAUCACGACGCAUCGAACUCGAGUGACAUGCCCCAGCAAAUGGGGGUUUCGUCACUGGCGAUCGCGCCCGUUGCCAACGAAAAGUCACACGCCGACCCCACAGACUCUCUCGGUAGUUCAGUGCUAAUGCAACAGCUGGCCAAACCUGCCGACGAGAUGCUCCAGAUGCCGCUGGAGAAUCAACAGCCUAAUGAUAAUUUGAUAGAACCAAAGUCCGAGUACCUUGAGGAUCCGGAGGAGAGUGUCGAGGAUCUAACCCUCGAUGACGACAUGAACGAUUUAAAUGAGAUGGAACAGGAUACCAACAGAGCUGGCCCUUCACACGAAUCCUCCCAGCACCCUGGUCUAGCCGCGUGGCACGUUACCGGAGACAGAAGUAACGCUGGCGGCGUCGUCGGCUCGGUGGCUGGUGCUCCUGGAACGAACGACGAAGUGUUUCUUGCGGCCCAAGAGGCUGCGCAGGCCCACCGCGACUCCCAAGAUGAACUGGAGCAUUACCCUGUCGUCUACCUGAAGAAGUACAACAAGAAGCGGGAUUUCUAUUACAACCUGAGCACCGGGAAGUUCCAUUGUCCAAAGUGCAACAAUGGUUAUGGGAGGAGGGACACCAUGCUGGGACAUUAUCGGUACGAGUGCGGAAAGGAGCCACGCUUCAAGUGUCCAUAUUGCACACUUUGCAGCAAGAAAACGUCGAAUAUAUAUCAGCAUAUAAGAUGCGUCCAUCCUCAGCAGCAAGUGACCCUGGUAAAGCUCUACUGAUUGGAAGGAGUCCAGAGAGCUUCGAAGAGAGAACGAAGACAAUUUUCAUGUACAUUUUUACCACUUUGACUUUGUAAUUCGAAAGGAGAGAAGAGACUAGAAUUAAUAAUAAGGGCGUGAUACAGCUGGGAUACUGUACAUAACACAUGAAAUAUCGGUACGAUUAUUGAAGAUGAAAUUAAAGAGGAAAUUAUUGAAUAAAUUUAAACUGCGUACAGGAAACAGCUUCGAUCUUUUAAUAUGAAAUUUUUACGUUCCGAAUUCAUGGAAUUUAGUCAAUGAAUAUUAACCGAAGGCGAAGAAUGGCGACAGACGUUAUUUUAUAUUUAAUUGAUACGCUGUCUCUUAUUUUUGCCCUACUUCAUUUUAUUCAGUCUAGUUAAGGAAAUAAUGUAAAUACCAUGUCUUUCUGUGAAAAGCAUGCCAACGUUUUUCUCACGAACUUCUUACGCGCUUACCGUAAGUAAUAUAUCGAAAUCGGUUUCAGAAUUUUGGGCCGGACUUCACGUCGCAGCUGUAGGAAAGAACCUUAAAGGGCCAAUGGACCCUCGUGCAAUUGUUGAUACGCUCAACGUAAACGUCAACCUCGUUCCAGAAUCUCGUACGAAAAAAUAUCAUUGUCCAAAGUGCGCCAAGGCUUUCUCACACAGCUACUCCAUGUACAGACAUUUUAGAUACGAGUGCGACUCGAAACCACGUUAUCAGUGUCCCUAUUGUCUUCACGUUAGUAAAUGGACUCAUGCUAUUUAUAAUCACGUACGAAAGUUACAUCCAGGGCAACAGGUUGGACUGAACAAACUUUACUAGGACAAUACAUGUACAUAAAACAAUAAAAGUGAAAAGCAUUGUU